AAACAUUACACAGAAAACAGAGAAGUAAAGUCAAUCAGUAGCAGUAGUCAGUAGCAGCAACAACAGGAUCCAGCAACAGCGAACAGCAGCAAGAACAACGUCAAUGAAAUAUAUCAGCUGAUGAGUGACAACAGACUGAUGAUCGUUGUCUUGGGGAUUUGGUUAUGGCGACAAGCAGUUCCGAUGGUUCUUAUACGGCUCCAGCUGAUUUUCAACUGUCCUCUGAAUUAGAAGACGUAUCUAGUCGUCUGAGUGUUAAUUUAUUCAAGUGUCCAUUGUGCCAUUAUAGUAGACGAAUAUUUUACUGCAGGCAGUGUGUCCAAAAUGGUGACUUUGUUCAUUCAACUUCUGUUUACUCUGAACGGUUUGCGGAUAAACAGCUACGGUUGUUACGGUUGAAAGCUGCCAGAGCUCAAUUGGAAGAAAAGUGGACCAAAAUAUUUGAAAAGCAUCGUCAGAAAGAUAAACUGACAUGUGAUAUCAAUAUAUGUAAGGAAAGAGUGAGAUUACUACAGAGUCUUAUAAAUGAAACAAAGCAAAGUAUAAACAAAGGAAAUGAGCGGCUGAAUAUUUUGAAAGAUGCCAAUUCUCAGAUAGUCCAGCGACUGCCGAGACACGAGAAUCGGGUUGAAAGAGUCCAUGAAUUUAUCGGAGAACUCAAGAACAAACAGGAAAAGCAGAGGGGAAAUGUUGAUAGAAAACGUAAGAGGUUGAAGAGAGUCAUCAGAACAGCGGCUAGACAACUAGUCCAAUUCAUAUUUCCGCUGUGUCAAGUUGAAGCCGAGCGAAGUUUUUGUAGCGAUGAUGACAAUCCCAGUGCUGAUGUUGUAACAUGCGCAUUAGCUGAUGCAUCAGGUACUUCGUAUGUCAGAGGCCGGUGGAUUAGCGACUCUGAAAAUAGUUUGGAGAUGCACCAUCGUAUCGUCGCUCCAACUCUACCAGGUUCCGGUGACUAUAGCGCUUACUCACUUUGGGUUGCAGCAAGUAAAGAUGGAACACCAGGAUCUAAUAAAGAAAAUACGAUGAAUAAUCCCGCGUAUAAUAUCAGUGCAGCUCUUACGUAUGCUACUCAACUAGUCAACGUACUUGCUUACUAUAUAAAUGUUAGAUUACCAUACAAAUUAACGUACGGGGAGUUCUGCGGUAAUGAAAUGUCGGAGCAAAAAUUUGCAAGGAAAGUUGCCCGAUUGAACAGCAAUAUAUUACAUUUAUGUUUCACUCAGAAUACAAAUCUAUCGGUGUUACAUCCAAUGCACACUCUUCAGAAUCUUAUGCACUUGCUCAAUACUGAAAUAAGUGAUCUUGGCAGGAUUGGCCCAAUGGAAGUGGAUCCAAGUAUAGUAGAAAAAUUACACAACCAGUUGACUUGUGAUCUGGAGAACAGCGACGACUCGGGCUCCGACGAAGAGGAAGACGCUUUUAAUUGGGAGUGGGAGGCUGUUCCGAAUGUCGCGUGUCCGGAAAUGCAAGUUCCUCAUCCAGGUGCGAUAACGAGCCAACAGUCCUCUAGUAUUCAUGUUAAUCAGAGCGUUGCUGGAGGCUUGGUGACAAGUGCCGCGGCUAGUAUUGCCUCCAUUUGGCGAGGAUGGACUACCAAUAGAUAGAAUAAAAUAAAAAUACAAAAAAACAAUAGUUAAUAAAAAGAAAUUGAAUAAUUCACAAAAGAUUUAUUUAAUUUCUUUUUAAUUUUUUAAAAUUUCGGACUUUUCAUCCUUUGGAGUUAUAUUUUUUUAUCGAAAAAAAAAAAAAACAAAAAAACAUUUGACUUUUUAAUCAACGAAACAUAUUAUUAUAUUAAUUCAUUAAGCACAAUAGAAAUAAUUAAU